AGUUCCUCCAUUAAUGAGCCCCAAGAUUAGGUUCUCCACACCCUAUAAAUCCAUGCCUGUAGAAAUCAAAUCACCCCAAAUCAAAAUUGACCACCCAGAAAAAAACCCAGAGAGAAGUUCGAAAGGAGGAAAAUGGGGUACUGGGCAGUUCUCGUUGUUCUCGUUGGGGUGUUGGUGUUAUCACAGGACGGGAUAGGGGGGAUAGCGCAGCCGACGGAAGUGAUCAGAACGGGGUACGCGUGCUGGGGAGGGUGCUACAACGAGUGCAUUCUCCAGACCGGGACAAACCCGAAUGAGAGGCUGCCUUGCUAUUUCCAGUGUGUGGGUAGCUGCUUUGCUAACCCUGCCUCUGGCUCUGAUAAUAACCGGUACUACUGCCAGCUUGGUUGCUCAUUGCAGCAAUGUGUCAGCAGAUAUAGCUCUGAUGAGAAAAAACAGGAGAGGUGCUUGGAUAACUGCUCCACCAAAAUCUGCAACAUCAAUACUUAGCCUCCCAUGCAUCCUCCCAUGGAAGCCUUGCUAUAUAUCCCUGUUUUGUUAUUGCAUUAAGUUGUGUUUGUUUAUGUUUGGAUUUUUCUAAAUAAUGGUUUGCACUUAUUUGAAACAUGUACCAAUCGGUACUCCUUGAAUACCAAAUAAGUUAUUUAAGUUGUAUUACUAAAAUUGUUUCUUUUCUUUAUUUAUGCAUUGGGAUUUUAGGGUUAAA